AUGUCAGAGCAAAAAUUGGCCACACCCCUCCCCACCAAUCCUUCGACUCCUCAACAGCCAUCCUUCCAGCUUAACAGGGAUGCCCAUAAUACUUCAUCAGGGGGCACCGUAACUCCAAAAUCAGCAUUCGCGUUCCAGACAAGCUCGACGCCUCUUUCUGUGCCGCAGGUCACCAAGUCUAUCACGCCUGAACUUCUUGCCGCCAAUGAACUAAUGGCCAACAUGAAGGCGACCUUGACAACACUCGGCAGAACAUUUGACUGCCUUGGCGAGCAAACAUACAGAAUUUCUGCCCUAGGACCUGCUAUUCAGGGCUCACACCAGGUCUCCCUUAUUCGUACACAGCUUAAUGCACAGCAUGAGAGGCAAGAAGCUCGUAUGCAAGAGGUGAAGAUAUUGCUUCGUGAUGUUCUCAAGGCGCAACUUGCACAGCAUCUUAAUGCACGCGUCGAUACGAUGGUGCAUGAAAGAAUUGAGCGCGAGGUGAAAGAACGAGUAACGAAACAGGUCCAAACAAAUAUAUAUAACUCGGAAGCUCGAAGACAUAAUGCUCUUCUAGGGUCGAACACUGUGCACGAGGCUUUAUGCCCUUUGCUUCGACCUUUGCGUGUGACAACACUUUCCGACCAGGAACCCAAAGCCACAUCUCUGCGUGUGUUGGCUUACGAAUUGCCUACACCCUCAUCACUUUUCCCGCAUAACUUGUCAGCUCUACUUGCCCUCAGUUACGAAACAACAAAAGCCCUUGUCUCUGACUAUGAUCUGGAUCACGAGAUGUCAUUCGAUACAAAGGGAUCUGAAGGCGGUAGUGAAUGGGAGCACAGAGAUAUGUAUCUGAGCCACUUUAUGGCUCACAUAGGAGUGCCUUUUCAAGUUGUUUCAGCUUCUCCUUCGCAUGCAUUACUUACAGCCCGGUGGAGAUGAAGGCAUAUUGUGAUAAGUUCUCUUGAAUGUGGAGGAGAAGCGAAGGGCAGGCCCUGACUUAAUAUUUGUACCAAAACGAAACAGAGGCUGUCAUGUGGCGACAAGAACCUUGGUCGUUAAAAUGAAUUUUUAUAUAAGGAAAAUCCAUGUUAUCGUUGG